CCAGUUGAGCUCCGGUCGGCGCGGACAACAGGUGCAGUGCAGCCGCCCUCCAUCUCGCUGCUGGAUAAUGCCCACAGAGCGCCGCUCGUCGCUUUGCGCAGGGCCCCCUCAGCUGCACUUUGAACACUUGCACGUUUGCAUAUCCUGAUCACUUCCAGACACACACACACACAAAAAAUGCCUUUUCCGCCAAUCAGCCUCCACCAGCGGAUCUCCUCUCCUGGCAGGGAUCUGUUCGGGAAAAAGAAAGCCAACGGAGUGCCUCCUCAGACUGAGCUCACCAGCAAAUCCGGCGGAGAGAGAGGGGGGUCCGACAAGGAGAAGCAGUCCACUUCUUGGACCUCCGCGAAUUUCAGGAAUUUGGGGCGAAAGGCCCAGCACGAGAAGAGUAAAAGCUCGGCUGAGAAGCCGGCCGCCGGUCAGGAGACCCAGGGAAAGUGCUCCUGGCUGGCGGUGCCCAAACCUCAAGACUCAUCCGAAGGAGUCAGGCGCUCCAGCUCCAUGGACUCCACCAGACAGCUCCAUGGCAAAGAGGAAGGAAAGAAGGAGAUUCAGUUUACCCUCAGUCUCACCCCUGAAGCCAUUCUUGUCAUCCAAAAACGGAAUCUAGAGAAACAGAUGAUGGCAAAGCAGCAGAAGUGUUGCGCCUCCGCGGACUUUCGGCACCGGCGAGUUUUCCCGUCCAAGAAGUCGCACGGGGCGUCCAAGGGCUGCGCUCCUGUCGCCAAGGCGGAGAGCGCCGAGCAGGACAUCUCCGCCAUCGUCAAGAUAUCCCUGUUGAAUGAUCAAUACAAGUACGACGAUGUGGAGUAUGAAGAAGAGGACGGAGAUGUGGAUGAGACUGUUGUAAGGAAAUGUAAAGAGUGGCUGAAAGGGGUCGAAAACGCCGCUGCUUUGGGAAAAGUCGACAAACUUUCUGCACUCCCGCACCUUAAAGGCUGCUGACACCUGACGUCUGAUCUCCCAUUUGUAAACUUGCAUUGAAGAGAUGGUGGACUCGCGAAAAUGUGUGCAUCGAUGUAGGCCUGCUGCAGUAGCAUCUUAAAUUUGAGCUUUGUAAAUGAGGGGAGAACAUCACCCUCUUGUCUCCAAAUGAAUGCCGAUGUGUUUCUAUUAUGUCCUAAAAUAGAUGUCACUACCUUAAGAAUGACAUUUCUUCAAGGAAAAUAGAAGUAGACCAGCAAAUUGCAUUGGAAUAAGAGGUAAUUUGGCAUUCACCUCUUAACAAAAAUCAGAUUUUAAAGGUUAUUUACAGCCUGGUUCAUCCGGUAGUGCUCAUGGUUCACAGGGGCGUUGCUUUGCGAGUUUAAUGUCUGUUCAAUGUUUUGUUGAAGUUUGAACUUAAUAUCUUAAUAAUUCCGUCCUUUGCACAUGGUUUCUGUUUUCAGUGGGGGGCCCGUGGAUUGGCAGAGGGGUUUGCGUAAAGGGAAGCGAGACCGUUCCUUUGUGUUGGAGAACAAUACGCUGUCAACAACAGGGCUUUACAUGCGCCUGCUGCUGAAACCAAACUGGACUGUUUAUUUUUCCUCUAAUGAGAGGAUUAUAUCCUUUGUAGGGAUUUAUUAGUCAUGUACAGUAUUUAAUAUUUACUAAAUAUUUGUACUGUCAAACGUUUUCUCAGCUGAUGAUUUAAUGCCAUUUGAAGUAAAAUGUUUUUUUUUAAUUAUACAAGUGUCCCUGACCCUUGUAAAUCUUUGCUGAUUUGUGUUGUGCCUCUUAAAUAAUUCUGUUACAUGAUGCUGAUUUGCAGUCAUUUAGAUUUCUUUGAUGCUUCUGGCCAGUUCCCAGUCAGUAUUUUAAAGGCUCUUUGUUGCCACUGUUGCUACCUGGGGCCAUGUGGGCAUUAGUGUUCUAAGCUUCUUAGAUUUCCUGUUUCCUGGCCCAGGUACAUGAUCCCUUCGGGAAAAAUGACCCCCAGCUUGCUUUUCUUUUGUCAUAUCAAACAACACACAGUGCAUGCAGCUACAAGAGUAAAUUAGUGCCAGAAAACUUUGUGAUUUGCAGCAGAGGUAUUCCCACUCUGAACUAGGAGCCUCAUCCUGACAUUUCCGUACUCAUGUGGUACUCACCGAGCUACAAAGGACCAUAUUUUUAUUCUAUAAGUAGCAAUGAACUUGGUUUGCAACUCAGAGAGAAAGAGCGGGUCUGAUUCAGAGCGUAGAAACCAGUAAAUGACUGUUUUCAGCAAAA